GCUUGUCCAAGUCAGAGUGUAUACACGACCGCGCAGGGGGAAACACCGUCACACUGAGCAACGGGAAAAAGUUGGACAAACACACCCACCGGAAUUUUCAUAAAAAUAAUUGGAUAUACUUCUUAGAACUUGACAGAAACAACAACACUAUGGAAACUACUUUCUACGACGACUCGCUCAACGGCGCCGGCUACGGAUACAGCGGCUCGAAGGCGCUCAAGCACAACAUGACGCUGAACCUGUCCGACCCUGCCGGUAGCCUGAAGCCUCACCUACGGGCGCGGGCCGGCGAUCUGCUCACCUCCCCGGACGUGGGCUUGCUGAAGCUGGCCUCCCCGGAGCUGGAGCGGCUCAUCAUCCAGUCCAGCAACGGACUGAUCACCACCACGCCGACGCCGACGCAGUUCCUGUGCCCCAAGAACGUCACUGACGAGCAGGAGGGCUUCGCCGAGGGCUUCGUGCGCGCCCUGGCCGAGCUCCACCACCAGCACUUGCCCGGGGUGAGCGCCCCCUCGGGCCCGCCGCCGCCGGCGUCCGUAACCGGUUUGGCCGUGUACAGCGGCAGCAUGCGCUCGGACUCGCCGGUUUACGAGGAGUUAAACACGUUCCAGCCGGCUAUCAGCACCGUGUCGUCCCCGAGUUACACCACCUCGGUCCCUAGUUACACCACCACGGCUCUGAGCUACACCACCACGGCCCCGAGCGCGUCCUUCCCGGUUUACGCACAGCCAUCCUCCUCCUCUUCAUCCACCUCCUCCUCCCAUCUCCCGAUGCUCACCGCGCUCAAGGAGGAGCCGCAAACGGUGCCCGAGAUGCCGGGUGAAACGCCUCCGCUGUCCCCCAUCGACAUGGAGAGCCAGGAGCGCAUCAAGGCCGAGCGCAAGCGCAUGCGCAACCGCAUCGCCGCCUCCAAGUGCCGCAAGAGGAAGCUGGAGCGGAUCUCGCGGCUGGAGGACAAAGUGAAGACCCUCAAGUCGCAGAACUCGGACCUGGCGUCCACCGCCAACAUGUUGCGGGAGCAGGUGGCGCAACUCAAGCAGAAGGUGAUGAACCACGUCAACAGCGGCUGUCAGCUCAUGUUGACGCAGCAGCUCCAGACCUUCUGAGCAGAAAGUAAGACUUUUAAGUUGAACCCCAAAAGAAAAAAAAAAUCCUGCAACUGGUUUGGGAUGACGCGGCGCCACACUGGCAGGAAGGACCGAGGGGCUGUGCAAAAACAACAACAAAGAAAAGGAAAAAAAAAACAGAAAAGUACCCCAGUGCCGUGAGGUCGGUCCCUGAGAGGGCUGCUGUGGACAAGGCAGCAUAACAGAAGUCCGUUCUGUUUGUGUUGUCAAACUGGACAAGACUUCUUUUUUUUUUUUCUUUCUUGCUUUUCAUGGAGCAGUGGAGAAUACAUUCAGUAUUAGAGCUGACUUGAUAUGAACCUGCAAUGGACUUGUUUUCUUGCUGCUGCUGCUGCUGCUCACCAUCAUUAUUGGGCCAGCUCCUAAACAUCUGGACACAAGUUCUUGGGAGGAGGGGGAGGGGAUGGGCACGUUGUCUGACUUCUUGAGUUACAACACAACGUUUUCUUUAUUGUAAGAAGUUAGAAAGACAAUUCAAGAUUGACUUUGUUUAAUGGGGUUUCACUCAUUGCUAUAUGUAUAUAAGAUCAACUCUGAGUACUUAAGUUUACCAUUUUGUAAUAAGUAUAUAAUUUUUUUUUUUUUUUUUUGUUAUGUUUGAAAGUCAUCAAUAUUUAAGAAGAUAAUAAACUGCCUAAAAUGAA